AUGCCGACUCACUGGGAACUGCAGGAUCCGGACGCGACUACGGAAGAUAGUGAUGAUGAUGAUCUGGGGUGCCCAAGCGUCGCCAGAGUGUCUACAAAGCGGCGUAGCCCUGUGCAACUCUCUACUACUGCUAAGGAGGACGAUCUCAUUGAUCUGUCCAAGACUGCCAGUGAAGAGGAAAGUGAUGAUGAGUUUAACAACGGGGAGGCGGCGUACAAGGAGUUUAAGAACCGCAAGACUGUCCAGCGGAAAAGAUCAGCUGCGCAAAUGCGCAAGCGCAGAAAAAUCCAAAGGGACUCCAUUGUUGGCCGCCGCAAUACUGGGACUGAAAGCCGCAAGCCAACUCACUUACCGCGAGAAUAUGGUGACCUCAGUUCCGAUGACGAGAUGAUGGAAGAGACCCUACCUGACUACUUGAAAAGACGUCGGGGCGCCUUUGAUAAAAAAAGGGAACAGCUUCUUGAGCCGGGAUUAAAGCUGCCACCCGAUUUUGACAAUGUGGGGUUCUCCGAUGAUGAACAGCUCAACUCUCUGAUAGAAAAGCCUUCAUUUUCGCAUGCGAAGCACUCACGCAAGUACGAGGAUAUCCAACUACCAUAUUCUUUGGGGUUGAUACCUGCCCCAAUUGCUCAGUGGCUUCGGGAUUACCAAGUGGAAGGUGUUAGUUUUCUUCAUGAGUUAUUUGUUUAUCAGAAAGGUGGAAUCCUUGGUGACGACAUGGGCCUAGGCAAGACGGUCCAAGUCAUCGCAUUUCUCACUGCUGCAUAUGGCAAAACUGGCGAUGAGAGGGAUGCUAAACGAAUGCGUAAGAUGCGACGAAAAAGGGAAAACUACGUGGAAUCCUCGGACGUUAAUUGGAUGAACUUGAUCGAUGGGGUUGGUGGCAUGUGGGAUGUAUACCAUGGGGAAUCUAAGGAUGCGGCUCUCAAAUCUGCAUCGGACCGGAAAUCAGAAACCGCGAAAGCUAUGAAUGAAUUGAAUGCUUUGUGCCGGAUUGGACUAACCGGAACUGCCAUUCAGAAUAAGUACGAAGAGCUAUGGACCUUACUGAACUGGACGAACCCCGGGCAAUUUGGACCUAUCUCUACCUGGAAAUCCACAAUUUGCGAACCGUUAAAAGUUGGACAGUCUCAUGAUGCUACAAUUUAUCAACUGAGCAGGGCGAGGAAGACUGCACGAAAGUUGGUGAAAAACCUUCUUCCUGCCUUCUUCUUAAGACGCAUGAAGUCUCUUAUUGCAGACCAACUGCCAAAAAAAAGUGAUAGGGUUGUCUUUUGUCCUCUUACCGAGACACAAUCUGACGCAUAUGAAAAUUUCCUGAACAGUGAUAUAAUUGAUUAUAUCAAGAACUCGUCCGACUACUGCAGCUGCGGGUCUGGGAAAAAAGCUGGAUGGUGCUGUCGGAUGUUUUUACCGCAAGGAGGGAAAUGGCAGAGCUAUGUCUUUCCUGCUAUUUCAAAUCUCCAAAAGAUCAGCAACCAUCUUGCCAUUCUAAUACCACAGCCAAUGGACCCUAAAGAUAAACAAGCAAAAGAUUUGGAAAUGCUACAAGUCGCUGUUCCUGAUCAGUGGAGGGAGCUAUAUCGCACCCGGGGCUCAAUCAUCAACUACUCUAAUCCUGAAUUCUGUGGAAAGUGGAAAGUCUUGAAAAAGCUUCUUAAAUGGUGGCAUGCGAACGGAGAUAAGGUCCUAGUCUUCUCCCACAAUGUCAGGCUACUUAAAAUGCUGCAAAUGCUCUUCAAUCACACAAGCUAUAACGUGAGCUACUUGGAUGGCUCGAUGAGCUAUGAAGACAGGUCAAACGUCGUCAACGCAUUCAACUCGGAUCCCCGGCAAUUCGUUUUCCUCAUAUCUACUAAGGCAGGUGGCGUAGGCUUAAACAUCACGUCUGCGAAUAAAGUCGUUGUUGUUGAUCCAAACUGGAACCCUGCUUAUGAUCUUCAGGCACAGGACCGUGCGUACCGAAUUGGCCAGCUUAGGGACGUGGAAGUCUUUAGGCUUGUUUCUGCGGGCACCAUUGAAGAGAUAGUAUAUGCUCGUCAAAUAUAUAAGCAGCAGCAGGCAAACAUCGGCUACAAUGCCAGUACUGAAAGACGAUACUUCAGGGGUGUUCAAGAAAAGAAAGAUCAAAAGGGAGAGAUAUUUGGCUUAGCGAAUCUCUUUGAAUACCAGAACAAUAACGUUGUUUUGAGAGACAUCGUUAAUAAAACAAACAUAGCAGAGAGCAAAGCUGGCGUGCAAGUAAUAGAUUUCGAGAUGGAGGGAGGAAAAAGUCACAGCAAUGACGAUAGGGAGGAUGACAAGCCCCAUUCUUCCACACCGGAUGAAAAUGAUGAUCUUGCAAUGAGCCAGCUCGCGGCUUUGGUUCGUGGCGAAGGAAUUGGAGAAGAAAGCAAGAAGCUUGCUCCAACUCUAAAACAUGAUCCUAUACAAGCUAUUCUCGCAGGCGCGGGUGUUGAAUAUACACAUGAGAAUACGGAGGUCGUUGGCUCUUCCAAAGUUGAAGCCCAGCUCAGUCGUCGAGCCGAGUUAGUUAACGAUGGUGAGGAAAUUGGUGAAGAACAAGUCUUUAGACCGGAAUCAAGGGAAGGAAAACCUUCUAGCAUUCUUGUCCGUGGAAAGAAUGGACAGUCCGCUACGUUUAAGUACCAUCCUCCUCCAGAGGUUAUGAAGCGCCAGUUCUGCAGCAUGGCAGCUCGGUAUGGUUUCCGCGACGUGACGGAAUUUGCGCUUACAGUCGAAGGUUUGACUCCAGCACAACGGAGAACCUGGCUAGAGAAUUGGUAUAAAGAACGCAGAGAGAAGCUGCUCGGUGGUCGAAACCUCAAGGGUUCUUAA